AUGUUUAUGGUAACUGCUAUUAUUUUCCAUAUCUCGAUCUUUUUGUUUGAGAUAGGGUAUUUACAAUACACCCGGCGAGUUUUGGGGCGACAAGAAUUACCAGAGACGAACCCGGCUUUGGAAAGACUGAUCGGAAAGGACCAGUCAGUGUACAAGAAGCAAAGAGACAUUGCCAAUCGUGGGACAUGGCGACGAGUAUGUUCGAUUCUUUCGACUUUGAUUGACUUUACUGUGAUUGUGGCCUUCUUCUCGCACCGGAUGAGAGAGGCAAUUAUGAAGCGAUUACGAGGAUAUCGUAGCUUGGUGAGGAUUAAUUGUUCGCAUAUAAGAGAGCCGGAUGUAAACUUCUUAGUAGGGGCUUUCUUUAUCCUGGGAACGAAAGCGACUGUGCUGGAAUGGGCUUUUAAUAAGAAUGAUGGGGUUUUGGACUUAAUAGUUAGACUGGGUAUUCAGAUAUUUAGAUGUACUGUUAUAGCUCCUAUUCUGAUUUGGAUGUUUAGUUCGGUUUAUAGUAAGACGAAAUGGGGACUAGUUCUUUCUUCUUAUGUGGCUAUUGUGAUUUUGAUCUUGAUUGUAAACUGUACGAGUUUAGUACCGGAUUUGACUGACGAUCUGGAAGUGGUUCCUCCCGGUGUGUUUGGCGAGCGCGUGGAAGGCGAGAUUGACCGGCUGGGUUUACGGAAUAAGGUAUUCUGGGAUAAGUCGGACCAACUAGAGAAUGCCGCUCUAGUAAAAACCGGAGCAGCACGACACGUCAUGAUUAUGGGUAACUUGUUAAAGUACGGUAAAGAAGAGUUUAUUGCAUUUGUGGCUCAUGAAAUCGGCCAUGCGGUUGAUUAUAGUACGGAAAAGAAGUUAGUGGCUACAGUUUUUGGUUUGGGUUUAACUUGUGGAGGAAUGCUUUCUACUCUUCAUUUCAUCAGUCCUAAGUAUGAGGCUCGGGGUGUAUCAAGAUUCUCAGUCCUGGCAUUUGCUAUGCUGGCCAAUAUUUAUAUUGUAUCAUCUAUGGUCAACAUGUUCUAUAACAAUCUAGGUAUUCUUUCUGAAAUCAAUGCUGAUUUGUAUGCUAAAGGUCUAGGCUACGGCCGACACUUAGCUAAGGGUCUUUAUGCCCUAACUGUGGCUAAUAAUGCCCCUCUAUUCCAUUCAGCACCUUUCACUCAUUAUAUUCAAGACCAUCCCACAGUUUCAUCACGAAUUGGCUACCUCGAGAAAUAA